AAGAGAACUGAGGGCUGUUUUGGGGAAAAAAGAUUGUCUUAGAGCGGGUACAUUUUGGGAACAUAUGAAAAAGGGUAUUCUGGGAAUUCAAUUCAUUGACAACUUCAGUGAGAGGGUUUUCACUUUCGGAUUGGAAACGAUAAAAACAACAACACGAUUUUUGGGGAUUUUCUCUUUGGAGGUGUUGCUGAUGAAGGAUCCAAUCCAAGCCUUGAUCUUGGAGUCCAUGCUUCUCAUUUCGGAGAUUUUUGAUGUUUGAUUCGUGUUUGGAAGUGGUUUUUUUCUUUGAAUUCUUUGAAUUGUUGGUAAUGUCUUUAGGGAAAGAUCCGACCUUGUUGGAGCAAUCGUGAUUGUUUUUUUUUAAUUAUUUUUUUCGAAUUGUUUGGAAUUCGGCCAAGUGUAUUUGAUUUCAUCGAUCAGUGAAAAGUCCAAAUUUUGGGGCCUUUUUUUAUAUAUGGAUCGAGAGAUUGGUGAAAAAUGAAAAUCCUUGAUUUAGAUGUGAUUGUUUUUAGGUUUUUUAUUUUUAAUAGUUUCUGGAUCUGAGCAGAUGAUGAGAAAUGAAUGCUUUUGAUCUGUUGAUUUGGAGUGAGUGUUGAGGUUUGGCGAAGCGCCGGAGAUGCGGCGGAGGGCGCCCGAGUUCCGGCGGUCCUCCAGGAAGAAGCUUUCGGAUUGGAUCUGGUGGCUUCUGGGUUUCUUUAUUGUCGCAGGACUCGUGCUCUUCAUCGUCCACCAUCGCCAUGAAAGUACAUUCGAGCCCCCAAUCAAGGAUGUGAAUACCAAAUUUGAAGAUGCUUCUCAGGAAAGUGUAAAUUUCACACAAGAACUUGUAAGCAGUACCUCCUUUGCUAGGCAACUGAUUGACCAAAUGACGCUUGCCAAAGCUUAUGUCAUCAUUGCAAAAGAGCGGAGUAAUGCCCAACUUGCUUGGGAGCUCAGCUCACAGAUCAGGAAGUGCCAAAGAUUGCUCUCUCAAGCAGCUGUGAGGGGGAAAUCCGUCACCCUGGAAGAAGCCCACCCAGUUGUUAGUCGCUUAUCAGAGCUGAUUUACAGGUCCCGAGAUAACCAUUAUGAUAUCAGUACCAUGAUUGUUACACUCAAGAAGCAUUCCCAAGCUCUCGAAGAACGGGCAAUAGCAGCAACAGUGCAAAGCGCUGAAUUUGGUCAAUUGGCUGCUGAAUCCUUGCCAAAAUAUCUCCACUGCCUGAACAUCAAACUGACCAUGGAUUGGUUCGAAAACCUGAAGCUCAAAAAACUUGCUGAUGAGCAGAGAAAUUCUCCACGACUUGUCGACAUCAACCUGUACCAUUUCUGCAUAUUCUCAGAUAAUGUGCUGGCAACAUCUGUUGUCAUCAAUUCCACCGUAUCAAAUUCUGAUCAUCCGCAACAGCUUGUGUUUCAUGUGGUCACAGAUGCAGUCAAUUACUAUGCCAUGAAGGCUUGGUUUCUGAGGAAUAAUUUCCAAGGAUGCACAGUAGACAUCCAGAACAUUGAUGAUUUUUCUUGGCUGAAUGCCUCUUAUUCUCCAAUGGUGAAACGGUUGCUGAAUGAAGAAACCCAGCAUCAGUAUUUGAGUGGAGUUACAGCAGGUGAAAAUGAAGACUUGAAAUUUAGGAGCCCAAAAUUUGUGUCUUUGCUAAACCACCUGCGCUUCUACAUCCCGGAAGUAUACCCAUAUUUGGAGAAGGUGGUAUUUCUGGACGAUGAUGUUGUGGUGCAAAAGGAUCUAACUCCUCUAUUUUCUUUGGAUUUGCAUGGAAAUGUGAUGGGAGCUGUGGAGACUUGCCUGGAGGCAUUCCACCGAUUUUACAAGUAUCUAAAUUUCUCCAAUCCUUUGAUUAGCUCAAAAUUUGAUCCGCAGGCUUGCGGGUGGGCAUUUGGUGUGAAUGUCUUCGACCUAGCAGCAUGGAAGAAGGCAAACGUGACUGGACGGUAUCACUACUGGCUAGAACAGAAUUCAGACCAGUUGCUUUGGAAGAAGGGGGCUCUCCCUCCCGGUCUCCUGGUGUUUUACGGGUUGAUGGAGCCACUUGAUCGGAGAUGGCAUGUCUUGGGAUUGGGCUAUGACAUGGAGGUAGAUGAUAGGUUAAUAGAUAGUGCCGCCGUUGCACAUUUUAAUGGAAAUAUGAAGCCAUGGCAGAAGUUAGCUAUCAGUAGGUACAAACAUUUGUGGCAACAGUAUAUUAAUCUCUCCAACACGCAUCUUCAAGACUGCAUCAUGAAUUGAAGCAUUACACCCUGAAAAUUCUUCUACGAUGUACUCUCAAUACUCUUAUCGGUUCAUAUUAGAGAAGUGCAUCACUCUUCUUGUUUUCAUUGUUUGUGAAUGUAAAAGGAACAUGUACAUGAGAAAGUAACUCUACCUCACACCUAGUGAGGUUUGAUUUUGGAAAAUGUAAUAAUCUCACUGUUAGAUGGUUUUGUAUUGCA